GCUGGACGUCAGAGCAGGAGGAAGCAGCAUGAGCCUCGAGUACCUCUUGGACGUCGCGAUCCAGUUUGAGCAGCAGACGGACCGCGUGACCAAGCUCGAGCGACACCAGCAGUGCGCCGCCCAGGCCGAGCCGGCGCCCGCGCCACCCGCCGCCGCUACUAUCUACGCCGACACGAGCAACCUCGUCAAGCACUUUGACACCCGCGAAUACACGCACAUCCAAGCCGCACCGUUCCAUCCGUUCUUGUUGCCGCCGACGGGCGCCAUGUUUGCCAUCGACCCGAAGAAGGCCGCCGAGGCCGGCGGGUACCUCGCGCCGUUUUUGCUCUCGCACAAGGCCGAGGCGGCGCGGCGGCGGCAGGUCGCCAUUGAGCGGCGCAACGCCAAGCGCAACAUUGUGCCCCGCCACGCGGCGUCAGAGGCCGCCGCUGUGUGCAUUGACCGCAACAAGACCAAGAACCGCAUCUCGGCUGCGUCGUACCGCGAGAACCGCGACAAGCGCGUGCAUUUUAUCGAGCACGAGAUCCAGCUGCUGCAGAAGGAGCACCCGGGCCUGCAGUCGAAAGACUGGGUGCCCAUGAAGAAGUCCAAGAGCGCAAUCCGCGACGGCGAGUCGAAAGAGGAGUACCGGAAGCGCACGAACCGCGAGUCGGCCGCCGACUCGCGCUACCAGCAGCAGCAAAAGCUGCAAUAUUUAACGCGCGAGCUCGCCCGGCUCCGCGCCGUGGUCCACGUCGGCGACGCGACCAAAAAGCCGGAGCUGCCAGUGACGCCCACCUCGACGUCGUCGCCCAUUGAGGAGCAAUAGCCUAUUUAUGAGCCAGCAAUAGACCCAAAGCUUGUGCUCCUCGUCAGAUAAUGGACCUUGUGCGUCUUUGAACUCGCCAACAUCCCACAUAUAUACUUCCCUUGUC